AUGGGAUCGAAUUCCUGGGAGGAAGUUUUGAAGAAGAUGUUACCGGAGGGUGCUCCAUUGCCAGAUGAAGACCACCUCGACUAUUCUAUUUCCGUUGAUUAUCAUGGCCCCUCUCUUCCCUUUAUUCUUCCGAAACCCGAUCCAAAUCCCAGAAAAAAACUUGCUAACUUUUUCCCCAAACAGUCUUCAUUUACUCAUUACAAAAGCAAUAUCAAAUUUGAAAGCAACAGUAGCAGCAGCGAAACGAUUUCGUUAAAGAAAUCUUCUGAUUUUCUUAUCCCUCGUGAUGAUGAUACUAAUAAUAAUGAUGAUGAAGUUGGUGAUCACGAGGUGGGAGACUGUUGUACACGUAAUUGUAAGAGUUUUGAUGAGAGGGAAAAGGAAAUUAAAAGUGAGUUCGAGAUUAUUACUGGGAAUAAAGGGAAAAUUGACGGUAGGUGUGGCGGAAAGGAUAGUGUGUUGUUGUGGGAAAGGGUUGACGAUGAAAAUGAAGUUGGUGAUCAUCAGAUGGGAGACUGUAGUUUAAACCAUUGUAACAAUUUUUCCAGUUUUGAUGAGAGGAAAAAGGAAAUAAACAUAGGGUUUGGGAUUAUUAUUAGGAAUAAAAAGAGAGUUUGUGGGAGGUGUGGUGGAAAGGGUGGGAGGUGGUUCUUAGGGGAAAGGGUGGGUUGCUUUGUGUGUGGAGCAGAGUACUGUAAGAAUUGUGUGUUAAAAGCGAUGGGGUCGAUGCCGGAGGGGAGGAAGUGUCUGGGAUGCAUUGGGAAACCAAUUAUCGAGGCGAGGAGGGGGAGCUUAGGGAAGUGUACGAGGCUGUUGGCGAAAUUGUGCAGCAGUUUGGAGGUUAAACGAAUAAUGAAGGUGGAGAGGGAGUGCUCGGUGAAUCAGGUGAUGCCAGAGCAGGUGGUUGUGAAUGGGAGACAAUUGAGGGAAGAAGAGUUGGUGGAAUUGCUGGGGUGUGUGGUUCCUCCAAGGGAUUUGAGGCCCGGGCAGUAUUGGUAUGACAGAGAUUCCGGGUUUUGGGGUAAGGCUGGAGAGAAGCCGAAUAGUAUUAUAAGCUCGAAAUUAGAUAUUGGAGGCAAGCUACAGAUUGAUGCGAGUAAUGGAAAUACGAGGGUUUACAUCAAUGGCCGUGAGAUCACAAAAGUUGAGCUCAGAGUGUUAAAGCUGGCUAAGGUGCAGUGCCCUUGUGAUACUCACUUUUGGGUAUAUGAGGACGGAUCCUACGAGGAAGAAGGUCAAAACAUCAUUAAAGGAAACAUAUGGAAAAAGGCAUCCACUCGUUUCAUUUGUUCACUGUUUUCAUUGCCUGUACCACCUGAAGGCUCUCACAGUACAAAAGAAGAACCUGGUACAUUGUCAACUAGGUCUAUUUCGGAUUAUUUGGACCAGGAUAGAGUCCAGAAACUAUUGAUGCUUGGAUUUGAGGAGUCUGGGACAAGCACCAUUUUUAAACAGGUGAAAUUUCUGUAUGCUAACAAGUUCACUGCUGAAGAACUGCAGAAUAUCAAGCUCAUAAUUCAAAGUAACAUUUACUUAUAUCUCAGUAUCUUAUUUGAGGGAAGGGAGCGCUUUGAAGAGGAGAUUUUGAAUACGGAAGAGUCUUGUGGUGAAAUGGGGCUUGAAGGAAGUAAGCAUUGCAUCUAUUCAAUCAACCAGAGAAUCAAGCAUUUUUCGGAUUGGUUAUUAGAUAUUGUGGCUGCUGGAGAUUUGAAUGCUUUCUUUCCUGCUGCAGCACGGGAGUAUGCUUCUGUUGUAGAUGAAAGUUGGAAAGAUUCUGCCAUCCAGGAAACUUACAAGAGGAGGGAGGAACUGCACUUUCUUCCUGAUGUAGCUAAGUAUUUCUUAGACCGGGUCACUGAGAUAUCAUGUAACGAGUACAAACCUUCAGAAGAAGACAUUUUAUUUGCUGAAGGAGUUACUCCCAACAAUGGUCUUGCCAGCAUUGAAUUUUCCUUUGAUGACCAUAGCCCCAUGUCUGAAGUGUACAAUGAAAACUUUGAACGCCAACCUCCUUUGACAAGGUUCCAAUUAAUAUGCCUCAGAUUUAAGGGACUGCAUGGUGGCUGCAAAUGGCUGGAAAUGUUUGAAGAUGUGAGAACUGUAAUCUUUUGUGUUUCCUUGAGUGAUUAUGACCACAUUGGGAGUCGGGGUGCAGGUCUUCUGGAGAAUAAGAUGCUAGCAACCCGAGAUUUUUUUGAGAACAUUGUGAGACAUACUUCGUUUCAGGGCAAACCCUUUGUUCUCCUCUUGAACAAAUACGACAUCUUUGAAGAAAAAAUCAACAAGGUUCCGUUAACAGUUUGUGAGUGGUUCCGCGACUUCAACCCCUUGAAAUCUCACACCAACAGCCACUCCCUGGCACAUCAAGCGUAUUACUAUGUAGCCGUGAAGUUCAAGGAGUUAUAUGCGUCCAUCACCGGCAGAAAGCUAUAUGUUUGGAAAACGAGAGCCAGGAAACGAGCAUCAGUUGAUAAAGCAUUCAAAUACAUAAAGGAGAUCCUCAAGUGGGAAGAAGAGAAAGAUGGAGACAUUUAUGCUAUGAGUGAGGAUUAUUCUCUCUCUAGUAGUGACAUGAGUUCUUCACAUAACUGUUUCUGA